GGCCGCUCCGCGCCUAGCGGGAGGAGGCGCCGCCCGCCCCGGCCCCGCCUCGCCCGCCGCCGCCGCCCCCGGCCCCGCAUCGGCGACGCCGCGUCCCGGGCAGCCGCGCAGAAAAUGAUGCAUCCUGUUGCCAGCAGUAAUACAGCUUUCUGUGGGACUGGCAAGAGUUCUUGCCUUAAUGAAGACAACGUGAGAGCCACUGACCAGUUUGAUUUAUAUUCCACACAGCAAAGCAAAUACAGCCAUGCAGUCAGCCACAAACCAAUUGCAUGCCAGAGACAAGACACGUUAAAUGAAUCGCACUUGCAGACCACAAGUGGCAGGAAUAUAGAGACAAAAGAUGAACUAAAGAAAAAGAAAAACCUCAACCGGUCUGGCAAACGUGGAAGGCCUUCGGGGACCACAAAAUCAGCAGGGUACCGAACCAGCACAGGUCGACCCCUUGGGACCACCAAAGCAGCUGGAUUUAAGACAAGUCCAGGCAGACCCUUGGGUACAACUAAAGCUGCAGGAUACAAAGUCAGCCCAGGGAGACCUCCAGGUAGCAUUAAAGCUCUAUCACGGCUUGCAAAUCUAAGUUAUACUUGUGGCAGUGCAGCUUUUCCCUAUCCUAUGGUGCGUAACAUAGGAAUGCAUGUUGCUGGUGAUGAAACUAGCAGCAAAAUCAAACAACCCAAUGAGUGAAAGAAAGGAGUUAGGUAGCAGUUCCUCAUUAACCCAUUUCUAAAAUGAGUCUUGACAUGUUUUUCAAUUUUUUUUUUAAUGUAAUAUUUCCAUGUCUUUGGCUUUCCAAAUUUUAUUUUAUUUCUGUUCAGUGUCCACAGAUGCAAACCAGUAAUUUUAAAGGUAACAUUGAAAGGGCAUUGGUAUAAUUUUGUGGGGUUUUUUUACAUAGGUUUUUAAGAAAACUCCUAAAUGAUGCCCUUGUGUGUUUAUUUAAAGUAAUGCUUAUGUCCUGAAUUUCACCUUUUACUCUCAGACAAAUAUAAUUGUGUGGUUAUGCAUAAGCAAUUGAAAUGAGGAGGAAAGCAUUAUCUGACCCUUGGCUCAUGAAGUAAGCCUCGGCCACAGUAAAGAACUUAUCCAGAAGAGUUUAUAACUGAUGAAGCAAAAGAACUUGAUUCAGGACUACUUUACCAGUAAUGACUGUGGAAGUUUUGCAGUUCCCGCGUGUUUUUUAUAGGAAGGAAUAGAGAGCAAACUAAAUUUUCCACUUUUGCUGGAUCUUACACAGACCUCAAAUGUUUAUAGAUAUUUCGAAACUUUUAAAAACUAUUUUUUUUAAAAGUGCUGAUUUCAGGCAGUUUUUAUUUGCUGAGUUGUAGCAGUAAGUCCGUUUUCACUAAUUUUCCAAAAAUGUAUUUUGAAAGUACUAAAUAACAACACGGAGCAUUUAUACAGCGCUUUACAUCUUUGCAGCGCCUUAUGAACAUGAAGUAACUUGCCUUUAGGCAAUGGCUGAUCUUUUAGUUAUACUCCUUACAGGAUUCCACUGUAUAAUUUUAAAAUGCCUAAGAGUGCAUAUACCAAAAUUCAAAUGCUUCAAUAUAAAUCUGUAAUAUUUUAUAAGAAACUACAAAAUAAGUACUGUUCAUCCUGAUAAUAUACUUAAUUACACAUUAUGUUCUGACAUCUGUAAAUACCUAUUUAAUCUGCUUUUUUGCCUUUACAGUAUGUCUUAGGUGGCAGCAGUUGAUAGAUUUUGAAGUAUUAAUUUAGGAUGUUUACAAAUUACACUUUUUAAGUAGACGCUGUUGCCAAGUUAUCAGAUUUAGUGUUGGCAGAUAUUCCAGGAAUAUAGCUAUCCCAUUAUUUAACAUUUAUACUCUAUUUAAAUUAUGGGAGCUUAUAAUUCUACCAAAGGACACCAUUUUCAUGAUUCAUAAUAGCCAACUUUAUGGUUGGUACAAACAGUACGUAGUUUACUGCAUUGCUAGCCCUCAGAUGCAAAGCGGUCUGUAGGAAUUCAUCUAUGCAUGCAAGCUGAAAAAGUAUGUCGUUGGUUAACUAUAAAUACCUUUCCUGGCACAAGCUGAGACCUUUCCUGCUUCCAAAAGAAAUGUUCCAUUUUCAGCUGAGUGUCUUUGAUUUAAAAAGUGUGCGUGUAUGUGUGCACGCGGGUGUGUAUUUUUUUAUAUAUAUAUAAUAUAUAUAUGCACAUACCUGCCUAUACUUGGAAAAUAACAUUCCUCAAUAUUGCAUAUUGUCUGGAAGGAAGUUUACAUAACAUUUCAAAUAUAGUUUAAAUUAUAAUACAUUUUUGGCUUCAAAUGCCCGUGGGGGGGAAUAUGUUAUGUUUGCUGAUUUGGGGGAACAGAGAGAUUUCAGGUUAAUUAAAACUUGUGCUGAAAUUCUCUACUAUUUUAAUUUCCUGUUAAGUUAAAUGCUAUUCUGGCCUGCUGUCAUUUUGUUGAAAACUCUGAUUUCAGUAAUGACAACUUAAGAAACAGAUGUCAUGUUUCAUACCUUUUUCAUCAGGAAAAAAGCAGCAAGCCUUCAGGUGUUCCAGUGAUGCCUAACACAUAAUGAGCUGGACUUUAUGCUGUACUUUACAAUAGGUGUGUUGCAUUUUUUGGGGGACUGUGUAUGCACUGGCAACUAAGACAAUGAACCUCAACAGUACUGGAUGGCUCCUUAGUCAAUGUGUAAAUUAAUGGCAGCUAAACUGCUACUAAAAUAUAGUUUCUCCACGCUGAAGCUAUGAAAUCAGUUGUACAUUCUGUUUCUCAACAAACUCAAAAGUAUGAAACUCUUAGUAAUUUUUCUGAAAAUGGUUUAACUUCUGACACACACAAUGCUAACAUGAGCUAAUCACCCUCAGGAUAUGUGUUGUAUUGGCUGUUUAUCAGACGAUUUUCUUUUCAACAAAAGGCUGCUUUAAGCCCUUUCCUGAACUCUUCUUGGAAAGCAGUCCUCUUCAGCUGAAUGUAAUAACUACAGAAGUGUCAUGCCACGCUGGCAAGAAACAUGUUGCAUGUCACUAAUGUAUCUUCAAGUAACUCCACUACUUACCUUCUGUUUAUCCUGUUCACCUGUUUCAUUUUGCACUUGUGCAUCUACUCAAUGGUGCUGUGCUGUGUGUCAGGAGGUAAUGCAGAUGUAUUAUUGUUCUCCUAGUAUAAUGAAUUUUGUAUUCAAGUAUGCUGAUGAAAUAAUGAAAUCGUCUAAGCAAUUUAUGUUCAUUACAGUGUUUAUUAAUUAUAUCAGAUGAAAUAUAAUCCCAGUAAAAAUGAUGAACGUUGUCAGUUUUCGUGAAAGGAUGAACGUAAGCUAGAAAACUGUGUUCACAGAGUCUGGAAAGGGCCUCUUGGCACCCUGGAUUUUGAGACCAGAAGUAACACUGCUGGGCAUUUCCUGAUUCUGGUUUAUUUUAUAUUUGACUAUAAUUUUUGUGCCAUGCUGUGAGGGGAAAAAGAAGUCAAGAAGUCAAAGUGAAAUAUGAAUGGAAUCUUCAGAUAUUUUUGCUUUGCCUAUCUAUAACUUGUGCUUUUUAUUUUUCCUUUUUCCUUUCUUUUAACACUGUCUCUUGUCACGACAAACACUGAAACAGCAUGUUUAAUGCCUAAAUUUUGCUGUUAUCAAUGGGAAAACUGGCCUUUUUCCCCAUACUAUGAAAACAUUAUUUGCAAAGUAAAUGGCUAAUUUUAUACUAUGUACCAUAAUUCUGUUCUUCAUAAAUUAGAAUUACUGUUAUGUAUUAACACUGUUCAGAAAAUGAUCUGUACGUCAUGUUUGUGUGUUAAUGAUUUCUUUAAGUAUCAAAUUUCUAUUAUGUCUUAUUUAUACAUAUGUGAAACCGUUACCAUCAUUAAGGAGUAGCAGCAAGCUAAUACAAAAGCCACUGUUUAAAGUGCAUACAGUAACUUCUAUUCAAUUUCUGAUUGCAUUUAAACUUUAGAACCAAAUAAUUUUGCUACUGUUUUUAAGUCUUGCACUGGACAUUUUCAGAAUACUAGCAGCACGGUUUGGCAGGAAAAAGAAAGAUGGCUGCUAUCAGAAGGUAGCUAACUUUUAAUCCUAUGGUGGUAUUUUUCAAUAUCAGCAGUUGGCUUGGUCAUUUAAGCAACAGUCUUUACAUGUUACAUUUACUUCAAAUUAAUCACAGAAAACAUCAAAACCCAUUGAACAGCUCUUUUCUGAAGUGUGCUUUCGUUUUGCCAGAAAGAUUUUUCUUAAGCGUUCAGUCAAGACCCUACCAAACCAAGUCAUUAAGAAGUGAUGUGUCUGAGAAAAGAAUCACUUUGCUCUAAAAUACAUAAAGUAAUUCUGAUCAGAACUUCACUUCUUUCCAUUUCGAAGAGCUUUAAAAGGCAGAGCAGUUUAAGGUUAUUUGUCUAUUGGUUUCAUUAGUUUUGACUCUGCUUUUUUGUUACUAUAUGUACAGUAAUGUUUCAUACUAUCCCUAUAGACGAUUGCAAAUAAAACAAUCGCAAUUGUAAAGACUUUGAACUGCAAACAUUGUUUCUGACCACAAGAUUAGUUUGUUCCUCUUUUUUAUUAUAAUGCAUAUAUUUUAACAUUGCUUAAAUAUAUUUAUGAACUCUAGUUAGAGACUAGAGCUUUUUCUUUGCAAUUUUUUCCAAGUAGGUAAAUCUUUUUUAUGAAAAAUAUGAUGAUGGUAUGAUCAUUUUUUAGGAAUGUUAUGCUCAUUGCUUGGUAAUUUGGACUACUUUAUGAUUCUUUAUCUUUUACAAUUUGCUUUUCCACAGGUUCAUUUUGGAGGAAACAAUUAUCCAUUAAGUAACUAAUAUCAGCACCCUGCCCUCUGCUGUAAAAAGCCUGAUUAGAUACUGUGUAUGUUAUUAUGUCCAUGAACUUGAGCUACUCGUGUGCAAUUAUGUGUAUGGGAAUGGAGUAGUGUUCAUGAUCUGUAUUUACAUCAUCAUAUGGAUGUAUAUUUAUUAAUAAAGUCAGUACUUUAAAACCAAA